CACUCCUCCUUGUAAGCUUAUUGCGAGAAACUAGGGUUUACAGAGAAAAUACACGAGCAUAGAGAUGUGUGGAAUAGCACUGAUUGUCUGUGGAAUUAAGAUCGACUUAUCACUUUUGAUCCCAAAUUUAACAUCUACGUGCCCUCAAUUUUCGCAGAACUGCCCUUUGUUUUCAGAGGAUGACAUAAAAGCAACUCUGCAAAGGAGGGGCCCCGACAGCUUAGGAACGAGAAAUAUUUUACUUCAUCCCAAAAUUGGAAAAGAUUGCAGUACUUUAUCUUCUUCUGUUGAGAAUGAAGGGUCAGCAGAAGAUGGAUUUGGGAGUGAAGUUUUUGGGAAAUUGCAAUUUAUUGGUGCAACAUUGCAACUUAGAGGAGUGAAUCCUGUUGUUCAGCCGUUGGUUGAUGCAUCUUGCAAUGUCCUAAUUUUUAAUGGUGAAAUAUUUGGAGGAAUUCAUCUCAGCAGUGACAGCAACGACACGGAGGUUCUUAUGCAAUCUAUGGAACAGUGCUGUUCUUGUGUUUCCCAUGAAAAUAAUAGAUAUUCUUGCCCUUCUGGAGGAAGAAUAAAUUCUGUUCCAGAACUUCUUUCACAAGUCAAGGGGCCAUGGGCUUUGGUUUAUUGGCAGGAUAGUUCAAAAACCUUGUGGUUUGGACGAGAUGCGUUUGGGAGGCGGAGUCUUCUAGUACAUUGGCCAACACCAGAUGAUUCUAGGCUUUUGCUAUCUUCUGUGUCAUCAUGUCCUUCCUCGCACCAGAGUUAUGAUUUUGACGAUGAAGGAAUGCUUGACUUUAAUUUCUGGGAAGAGCUGUCAUGUGGUGUAUACAGUGUCUCUGUAGGCUCCCCAGACAUGGAUGAAUAUCUGAUUGGCAAAGUUCAGAAACAUGAGUGGACUGAUUCUGAGCUAAAAGAACUUAUCACAUGGGAGAGAACUGCUAUACAACCCAAACUUGAGGAUUCAAGUGCUUCCUUUGGAAAAGUAUCCAUCAGCCAAAAUGACAGGCUUUCAUCUCUUUCGUCUGAAUUAGGGUCUUUACAAAUUACGCCUUUGCCUACGUCUCAGAAAGUGCUGAUUGCUCUGAGAGAAUCUGUAAUGCGACGCACCUCCUUAUAUAAAAUAUUCAAGGCUUUUCCAAUCGACCAUAGACAAGAGAGAUAUGCUCCAGUGGCAGUUCUUUUUUCUGGGGGUUUGGAUUCUAUGAUUAUUGCAGCAUUACUGCAUCAGUGCAUUGAUCCUGAAUAUGAAAUUGAUCUGCUUAAUGUAAGCUUUGAUGGCGAGUCUGCUCCUGAUAGAAUCUCAGCCAGGGCAGGAUUGAAAGAACUUCAAAAGAAUGCACCAUUAAGGAGAUGGAACCUCGUAGAGAUUGAUGCUGAUUUACUGAAGUUGACCUGUGAGACCAAGCGUGUCAUGUCACUUAUAACUCCAGCAAAAACCUACAUGGACCUGAACAUUGGCUUAGCAUUAUGGUUGGCAGCUGGGGGAGAUGGAUGGCUUUCUGAAGUAAUGAGCAGUGCUGAGGGUGGACUGUGCCAACGUGUCAAGUACAAGUCUGAGGCCAGGAUUCUCCUAGUUGGUUCUGGUGCUGACGAACAAUGUGCUGGAUAUGGUCGGCAUAGGACAAAAUAUAGGAAUGGAAGUUGGCUUGGGCUGCAUGAGGAAAUGAAGUUAGACAUGCAAAGAAUCUGGAAGAGAAACUUAGGGAGAGAUGAUAGAUGCAUUGCUGAUAACGCCAAGGAGGCGAGGUUUCCAUUUCUGGAUGAAGAUGUCAUAAGGAUUUUGCUUGAUAUUCCUCUGUGGGAGAUUGCUGACCUUAAUCAACCAAGUGGAACAGGUGAUAAGAAAAUUUUGAGAGAGGUUGCCCGACUGCUUGGACUGAACGAAGCAGCUAUUCUGCCCAAAAGGGCAAUACAGUUUGGUUCUAGGAUUGCAAGGGAAUCAAAUCGACAAAACUUUGGAAGUAAUCGUUCAGCAAACCAAGCAUCAGCAGGAAGUGCAGUGAUAUACAGGCCGUCAAACUAGAAACAUUGCCACGUGGCUAUGAAACUGUAUGUGUCGUUCUGGAGUUUUACGAGCACACUUUUUGAAGUUUCAUAAGCUUGUGCUGAGACAGACAGAAGUCGACUAGCUAUGGAAAUGUCUCCAGAAGGACAUCAUGCCUUCAUUUAGAAGCUCUUUACUCAAGAACAUUAUCUCUCUAAUCUUGCCGAUGAAUGCCUAAUGAAAUUUAACACAUUUUGUACUUUCAUGUUGCUUCAGUCGGUCCAUGGUACUACAUCAUGACCAGAAAUUGGAGCCUGGAUACAUCAUGCUCCUUCAAAUUUUUUGUGCGUUAUUAUUAUUUUAGUUUGUACUAAGGAGUGUAUAUGGUACUUCAUCGUUUGCAAUACAAUGAUUGAUUAUCUA